CCAAUUUUCGUCGUCUUCAUUCGUCGACUCUGCCGUUUUAACUGGUUCUACAGUCCAGUGUGUUGAAUCGGUGAGAACUGAGCUAGAGAACGAGUUGAACUAUGUCGGACGAGGAGCACCACUUUGAGUCCAAGGCUGAUGCUGGAGCCUCCAAGACUUAUCCUCAGCAGGCUGGUACCAUCCGCAAGAACGGAUACAUCGUUAUCAAGAACCGCCCCUGCAAGGUUGUUGAAGUAUCGACUUCUAAGACUGGUAAGCAUGGUCAUGCUAAGUGCCACUUUGUUGGGAUUGAUAUUUUCACUGCCAAGAAGCUGGAAGAUAUUGUGCCCUCUUCCCACAACUGUGAUGUUCCCCAUGUAAAUCGUACUGACUACCAGCUGAUUGACAUUUCUGAGGAUGGAUUUGUCAGUCUGCUGACUGAAAAUGGGAACACCAAGGAUGACCUGAGGCUUCCUACAGAUGAAAAUCUGCUCGCACAGAUAAAGGAUGGAUUUGCUGAGGGCAAGGACCUUGUUGUUACUGUCAUGUCUGCAAUGGGGGAGGAGCAGAUUUGUGCCCUGAAGGAUAUUGGGCCAAAGAAUUGAUUAUUCGCGGUUUGUUAUUUCCAUUCAAGUAAAGAUAGUUUUUUUAAGGCCCCCCCCCCCUUUAUAGCCUUCUGUCUUUUUCGAAGCUGGGCUGAUGUACUCUAGUGCUGCAAGUGUUAAUUUAUGGAUCUGGUGACAAACUAUAUAACAGCUCUUACUUCUAAAAUCCUGAAGAAAUUGGCCUUCA